ACUAGUUAGUAGGUAUCUCCUUUCUAGUCUGUGUUGACAAUUGACAUCCUUUUGAAAAGUUGAAUUAAAUUUAAUAAUAACACAACAUAUUUCAACUUUUCAAGUUUGAGCUUGGUUGAGCAUGGUUAAUCUCCCAGAAAAUAAUAAUGAAUAAAAAUGAGAAAAUAAAUAAAUAUUUAAUAUAGUUUUAUAAUAUAAAAUUGGUAAAUAAUUGAAAUAGUCUACAAUGGAUAAUUCUGCUAUUCAAACCUUGGAAGCUGCAGCUCAAGUCUUGCUGGCUCCACCAAAUUUAGUAAAUUCAGAGCAAAGACACCAAGCUGAAAGUGUCUUCAUGGAAUUCCGAAGUACUAAGAAUCCAUACCAGCUAUGCAGAGAAAUUCUUGAGAAGUCUUCUUCAGGCUAUGUUUUGUUUGAAGCAACUGGCUUAAUAAAAUCUGCUUUAGUUAGAGAAUGGAAUUUACUCUCCGACAGCGAUCUAUGCUCGCUGCGCGAGUAUUUAUUAAGUUAUUUAUUAAGAAGUGAUACUCCACCCUUUAUAAGAGAGAAGUUGUUACAGACUAUUGCUGUUAUGAUUAAAAGGGGAAGUAUAAAUGACUCUGGAAGAGAGAGAAAAGCAUUACUUGAUGAAUUGGAAAAGAUAAUUCUAGGCUCAUCAAUAGGUCAGCAAAAAUUAGCAUGUGCUUUAAUUCAGGCUAUAAUGCAAGAAUAUGCUAUAACAGUUAAGUCUGCUGAUGUUGGAUUGACAUGGGAAGUGCAUUUCUGGCUCAAGAAAUCAUUUGAAGCAACUGAUUUGAAGCGAAUAUUUAGAUUCACUGUAGGUGUUUUAGAACAAAUCGUACGAUCUGGAGUCUGUCCUGAAGGAGAUCAAGCGAUAUUGACAAAGCAAUUGCUAACCAUUGUUGAGUCAGUUUUAUGUUGGAGUCAUGUGUCACCGUUUUUAUCAAAAAGACUCACUGGUGCAUUUGAGGCUAUUUAUGAAAGUGAUAGUACACCAUUAUUAAGACUUAGUUUGAACUGGAAAGACACUAUAAUGAAGCCAGAACUUAUUGCUCUUUUCUUUGAAAUAUAUAUGUAUGUGAGAUUAAUCCCAGAACUUGCAAAUCCAUCUUUGACUUGUCUUGUACAAUUAGCAAGCUUAACAGGUGUUGUGGUAUCAGAAAGUAAUUUAAAGCAGCAGUAUUUAGAAAAUUAUGUUAACAGUUUUAUGAGAAUGUUGUCAAUGAUCCAGCCAAUAGAUAGGGAGAUGCUGGGAAUAUCUGAUAUUUACAGGAGAUUGGUCCAGUUCUUUACACCUCCACUGAUAGCAGCCUCCCCUCCUGCAUUUCUACAGAAUUUAACAACCUACACCUGCUAUUGUAUUAGAGGUUCAGUGGUUGAAGAAGGUAUAAAUGAAGACACAGUUUGGAGGGAGGCUCUAAACAAGUUCCUCCACACUUGGAGUUCUCUGGUAUGUGAUGUGGAUGGCUUUACCAAUGAUACAUUGAGGACCCCAUGUAUUGAAAUAUUCAACACUUACUUACAAUGCAGACUUGCUCCGCCUGAUGGCACAAGGGGAACGGAAAGCAAUGAUGGCUGUGCAGAUGAUAUAAAUGAAGAUAUACAAGAAGAUGAAAGAACUCUACAUUGCAAUGUAUUGCUCACCAUCGGGUCCAUUGCCAGAAAGGCAACUGCUCAUUGCUGUCAUGUCCUAUACACUCUACUCACCGAUAGGAGUAAAAAAUUAGAGGCUCAACUUCAGUUAAUGCACGCGGGAAAGAUACCCAUUGGUUCCAGUGAUCAGCUGGUGUCUUUGUUUGAAGAUCUUCACUGGAUUGUCAUGAUUACUGGUCAUUUUAUCGCAAUUGACUGUACAGAAGGAGAGAUUGUGACGAUACAACCAGAUAUAGUAGAACACAGUAAAUCCCAGAAUGCCAAUGUUGAGGCAUCAUUACGUUAUCUUAUUGGUGAAAGUACAAACUCGGAAAAUGUGGAUCCUAUUAUAAUGUUGGUUGGUGAGAUAUUCAGGAUAAGCUCGUACGAAUGUGCGGCACUAGACGCCGGUCUCGGAUCUGUGUUCAGCCCGGAGCUAUCUGCCAGUGUGUCGUGGUUGCUCAAGAUUUGGUCAAAUUCCUACUUAGCGCCGCAAACACAAAUCGCUGAGGUGUACGAGCAGUGUUUCGGCGCGAGUCGCUGGGGCGCCACGUGGGUCAUGGGUCGCGCCGCGUCCCGCGCCGCCUGCGUGCUCCGCCACCUGUCGUCUCAGCCCGUGGCCGCCCGGCACUCGCUUCGCCUUCUCACUACCCUCGCAUCAAUACCGCGCGAAGAAAGACCUUUGCCCAAUUGCAAAGAGUUCUUGGAUUUGGUGGCUUGGGAGGCGGCUGGGAAUAAUUUGCCCGGUGACUUGAGGAAAGAGUUGCAUAGAGCCUUCGCUAUAGCAGUAGGUUACGCUAAAGAUGAAGCUAGGAAUAGACUGUUGUCGAGCACUGCGGCUCUGCAGGUGAAACUACAGAACAUACUGAACAUAGAGUCAGAUACGGAACCCGUCCGCAACAUGCUCGCAGACACGCUCGACUGUUUCACCGGGAUAUCUGAAGGUAUCAGUCAGACACGUGCAGUGGAUGAGCAGUUCACAAUGCUUGUGGCAGCCCUGGAGCGCAUCCCUAACAUUGUGUACAAAUACCACAAUUACCCCGGCGUGGUCCUGCCGGCGAUUAACCUGCUCAGCAAGAGCGCCCGGCGGGUGUUGCACUCUGGCCCACAAGAUAAUUAUAACAAAUUUCUCGAAGUGUGCAAUGCAACGUUUGAUGUGUAUAAUUUAUGGAAUUCAGAUAAGAUUUCAAGUAUACCCCAAGAUGCUGAAGAGGAAGCUUAUGAGGACAUUUGCGCUCUGAUGGAACUCAUCAGCGGUGUCGCGCGGGGCGGCAUCCACGGCACUAAGGACACGUGCACCCGCGGCCUGCGACUGGUCCUGCCGCUCAUUACACCGCCGCUGCUGUCCAUGCCGGCGCUGGCGCACCACGCCUACCGCGUGCUGCGGGACCUGGACGCCACCGACCAGUUAACGAUCCUCCCCAUAGAAGAUUUCAACAUGGUGGUGACAGCUCUGCGCGUCGGUCUGACGGCGGUGUCGUGUGACGUGUCGACUCUCUGCUGCGACACGAUCGUCGGUGUCGCUAACAAAGUGCGAACAAUGCCCGCCGACAAUCCUUACGCAAACUCCAUCUUAUCACUAGCAGAGUUAUUGUUAAUGCUGAUUAUUAAAAUGGAAAUACCUCCCGAUUCAAUUCCGGCCGCCGGCGGAGCGAUUUAUGCGCUUACCUGUGUGAAACCGGCUUUACUAGAAGGCUUGGCGAGACAACUCAUAGAUUCCUUCGCUAUGAACGAUCCGGCCAAUGUGCCCAAGUUGGAGGAGGCGUUCCGUGUUCUAACGAAUCGUGUGCUGUUCGACGGCCACAGAACACAUAAAGUACGGUUUCAAGACAAUUUUGAUAAGUUCCUAGCGAGUGUGCACGGAUUUUUAAUCAUAAAAUAAAUACUCUGUAUUUUUCUUAUCAAGGUGCUGGCGGUACAAUACCAGCCCAAUGAUAAGAUGAUGAGAAUUUUGUAAGAGUUGUGAAUGACGGCAUAGAAUCCGACGGAAGUCUGGUAUACCUUGCCUUUGGCGGCACCACUGGCGCGGACAAGGUGAUUCUACUCCGAGCAGUUGUUUGUUGCUAACGAAAUAUUGACAUUACAAUUUGUAAAUAUUAUAUUAUCUACUAUUAAUUAUUUCUUUUCGCCUUCCACAGAAGUUUAAUUUAGUUGACACAAUUCUAAUGUAAUAAUGUUGUUUAUGUCGACGAUGAGAAGAUGAUAGGUUUAAGUUCUUUUAAAUAACUGCAAUUUUAUGACAAAAGUACUGAAGUAUGUUUUAAUUAGGUGCAAUUAAAUAAGUCCUUCCAUGGGCUGUGUUUAGUAAUUAAUCUCUUCGAAUAAGUCGUUAUCUUUAAAUUUUUACUUCUUUUGACGUGUAAAUAUGCCACUUUUGGAAGCAUAAUAACAAAAUUAAAAUUAUACAAAACAUUCCCCACACAUUAUAGUAUUAUAUAGUAAUAUGUACUACGUACUAGAAAAGACAUUAAAAAAAAAUAUAGGGCGAAACUUAGAGAGCUUCAGCGCUUUGACAGUUACAUUCAUUCAAUGUUAAUAUUUUAGAUAAUUUAUAUGUCUAGGAUGAACUGUGACAGCUGUGAAAACGUCGAAAAAAAAACAGCGGCGAACUGUUAGCCUCUAUUGUCAGCAACGCUGCGUGCACAAAAACAAAAUGUAUAGCACAUACAUAUCGCGAGGCUAGAUCUAGAGGCUCUAUAUAGGCGUAUAAAUUAUUUAUGGUUUAUAUGUAAGUUGCCGGUAAUUGUCACCGCGACGACAUGUCGUCGUCAGUAAAAUCAACAAAAUACAAUUCAAUUAAGCGUUAUUUAAACAUAUUCUGUGUUACUUAUAAAUGCGAAGUGAAGUUAUUCCGAGUUUGAAACUUUUUGCCCUAAUCUUACAUUUGUGACGAGAAGUAAUUUUAAACAUGGAGUAACUUUACACUGCGUUUAUUAGUAUGACAGAUUAUUUGAACUUAGUCGUGUCAGGUCACUCGUUGACUUUUACUUGUGUCUUGACUUGUUAAUAAAACAGUAUCUCAAUACACACGAAGCCAUAUUCUAAACAAAACCCGCUACUCAAAUAUAUUUGUAUUGCUGCAAACACAUAGCAUAGACUGUGUGAAUUGAAUACAGCUUUCUAAACCGCGUGACAUAAACAAUCUUCUCUGGUAUGUGGUACAUAUUAUAUGAAUAUCCCACAAAAAUUAUCAACAUUGGUAUUGCCUUGGUGGUAUUAGGUUGCUGCACGGGCUUCCCAAAAAUACUCGUACAGCUUGUUUAUCACAAGCCUCAACGAAACUCUUGUUUCAUGAAUUUAAAAAAAUUGCCAAAAAUUCUUCUACUAGUUAUUAAAGCUAAAGCAUUUCUAUAAUAAUUUAUUUUAUUAAAAGACUUGUGCGCCAUUACGGGUUAUUGCGAGUUUUGAAAACAGAAUCCCUGUGCAACAAGAUGUAGCACACUUAAGUUGUAUAUUGUAAAAUACCGACGAAUAUAUAAAUAACGACCAUUGUCUAAACAAGAGUAUUACUUCUAAGGCUGAGUUGAACGAAAGAUUGUGGGGCGGUGCGAGGGAAAGAGAUAGGAGAUCUUUAUCUGGCUUUUUUCGUUCCUCUUCUACCUACCUCUUCGUUAGUCGUUCGCGAACAAGGGCUUAAUAUUGUUUAUAAGUGUACGGCGCCAUUUUAUUUACAAUUUGUACAUAAUUACAUAUUAUAUUAGUGCACACUUUUAAGUUUUGACAGAAGCAAUGCAGUGAUGUAAGAUUUUAAGGGAGAAUUGUAUAAUGUUACUUGUGUAUAACUUAGGCCUAAAAUUAAGACAGGGUGUUUACCACAGAUGUAGAAACUAGAGCGUGUUUAUUUUAACUUGGACCCAUUUCAUUUACAGGGAAAGGUCAUAGAAAUCCUUUAGUCUGUUUUGUUCUAAUUUUGGCUAUUUACUUUUUUUUCAGGUGCUACCUUAAUUUGCGCGCGUUACGUCAAUCCUAAUCUGUAGGGCAAUUCUGUUAAGUAAUUGCAACUGCACUACUUUGAGUCGUGCAGUCACAGUGCAGUACUAGUUGACGUAUUUUACUAAUUAUACUGCACUGCAACUGCACCAAUCCUGCAAUAACCAUAUAAUCAAUUGAUUUUCCAUUCUAGCAAUGAAUGAAUCACCGAAUGAUGCCAUCUACUUGCUCAAGCAUUUAAAUUAAUAUAUGUGAGGGAGUUUUGAAGGUUCUUACUUUGCUACUAAACUAUGUUAUUAUAGAAACAUAUUAUCUUAUUAGAAAACAUCCUAAAUUAAGGUAAUCUCAUUGGGAUAAAGUUUGUUCUGAUAAUAUUUGUUGAUAUUUAAGAUUUAAUAUUACUAAUAUAUUUUAAAUUUAAAUCUAAAAAUGCGUAAAAUUGAGUCUAAUAAUUUAUAUUUAACAUAAUUAAAAUUUCUCCAUUAUCUAUCGGCAACAUCCUGUCAUAUCAAUCCAAAAAUUAUUUAUAUUAUUGACUUGUAAGUUCCUAAAAAAACAGUGCAAAAUAACUACACAAAAACUGCAGUCAUUACUAACAAAUUUCAAAAUAAUCUAGCAGAAUACUUUGCUAACUUGCAGUUGCAGUGCCGUUUUAUUAGUGGAAUAGAUAUUCCUUUAGAACAACGUUCCUACAAAAUAACUGCUAACUGCUAACUAAUAACUGCUUUGUGGAAUAUCGAUAAGUCUAAAGUUUAUCUUUUUGACAGGUGUCGGGCUAAAGUGAAAUUUUUAGUAGAUUAGCUCUGCAGAGCCGUUAUUUUCCCUCUGCCUGAUUUUGUUAUGUAUUGGCUAGAAGCCGGUUAACUAAUUAAAAGUAUCAAAAAACGCAUUAUUUUAUUUAAGUUUCACUUUUUAAUAAAAUAUCUAGCGGCUUCGGCAAGAUACCUAUAAAAUAUAAAUUUGUGGAAUGCGCCCGGUAAAUUAGCGCGUCUUUUAGUAUCAAUAUUAUGAUUGUCAAUAAGUUUGUGCAAGUUCCUACAUCUGCGGUUUGUGCUAUUGAGAGCACAACAAAAUCAUUCGCGAGUAGUUUACCGAGUAUAUUUGAAAGUAAGUCCUUCGCUGUCUUGUUUGUCGGUAAUGAGUAAUAAACCGAUCAUUAAUCUAAGGUUAAAUAUUUUGUAUGUUAUAUUCGCUGUAAAAUACAAAAUAUAUCUCUGUAUAAUGGUUGCCAAAGCAAUGUUUUCCUGUAUAUUUCACGCGCGAUCAAAAUGGAAGGCGUGUUUAAAGAACUGAUUACGCUAAAUCUGACACAUUGGAUAGACCUAUUGCUAGUAGAGACUUACUGUUAAGAACUUUUUUGCUAAAGCUUGAAAAACUUCACUUGAGAAAUAUAUUUUUUUAUUUUCUUUGAUAUUGUGUCGUCCUAUUUUGAUUCGCGUGGAUUAUAAUGCCUUGAACUUGUCUUGUUUAAUUCAGGUGAUUUGCUGUAAUGAUACCUACAUGCUCCGGUUUAUAUACACUAUAUAUAUUAAUGUACAUAGAUAUGGCUAGAGCUAGAUGCUAUGAAUUUUAAAAUUGUCAGUACUUAAGUAACUACUUUUCCAAAUAUAUUUGUCAUCGAUUUAUUAUAUUGCUCUAUUGAUGUCUACUCCAAACUUUAAAUAAAAUAUUUCAUAAAAAUUA